AUGAGAAAAAAAAACCCAAAUGUUUGUUCUGCCCUGCACAAAGUGGGACACGGGGACAUCCUACAGCCAACUGCUGCAUCACAACUGGGCUCACAGCACCACCUGCUGGGGAGGAAGGGAGCUGUCAGAAUACUGCGGACUAUAUCUUUAAAAAAGGACCCAGAAUGCCUUGCUGCAGCCCUGUCAGGACAGCCUGUGUCAUUUUGGGUUUAGUCUGAUCAUCCUCUAAGUCUGGACCAAAUGAGACAGAGACAGAGGCAGGGACAGAGACAGAGACAGACAUGUCCACAGUGGAGGAAACCGUCACAUCAUGAUGGAAAUUAAAAAGAGAAAAAAAACAACAUCUUCAUGCUAGAUGGCCAACAAAUGUCUCUCUCUCUCUCCCUCUCUCUCUCUCUCUCUCCUCACCCCCUCCCUCCUCCGAAUAAAACCGACUGUUUCCGUGAAUGUGCGAGCUGCCUCCUCUCCAGCAGCUAUAAUUGGAAUUAUCCAGUAAUUAUUCCUGUAUAUUCGGCCGCCGCGUUCUUUUUCUUUUCCUUUAUUCCCUUCUUUUCUUUUCUUUCUUUCCUUCUUUCUGUUGUCAGGAUGAGAUCGGGCUGAUUUUCUGGCUCCGUAUUUUUUUUUUUUUUUAAACCGAGGCCUCGACGACGUUUGCGGUGUGGAUUCGCUCGUGACAUCGCUGGAUGGGUCCACAUUGAAAAACAAAAAAACAAAAAAAUGCGUCGGUUGUGUGGCCGAGCCUGUGAUUGUGGACCGUUGUUAAGAUGUAGUACAGCUCGGCUGGACGGCAGAACAAAGAGCGCAGUUUUCCACGGUUCCGGGUAAAAACAUCGUUCGCCCCCCCUUUUUUUUUUUUUUUUUUUUUUCACUGAUUGAUGGGAGAAAGAGACGUGUGUGUGUGGACUAAGCAGCCAAUUACCAUGAUGUCAAGACGAUUCAUUUAGUGGAUGCGCGCUCUGCUGUUUUUUUUUUUUGUUUUUUUUCUAGGUGGGUUUUUCUUCUUCUUCUUCUUCCAUCAUAAACGCCGAUAAUCUGCCAUGGUUUGGAUUUAUAACGGAUGAAGAUCUGCGUGUCUGUGUCCAUAUGUGUUUGGGGUUUUUCUCUCUCUCUCUCUCUCUCUCUCUCUCUCUCUCCAUCGCCCUCUGGAAAAGCCAUCCUCGAUGUGAUGCAACAUAAAAUCUGUUUUCUUGGAUGAUAUUCAGAGCAAAAACAAAAAAGAAAAAGACAACGAAACUAAACCAACACAUCCCUCCGUGUGGAGCUGGGUGGCGGUGGCGGUGGCGGUGGAUCUACUUGCCUACAUCACUGAAUGUGGCUUCACAUCUUUGUGGAUUCCUGUGGUCCUCCAGCCUCUCAUGAUUAUUAUAUGUUGUUGUUCGACUCCAUCAAUCCUCACUGAUGGAUUUAUGUUUAACAGGUGUCGUUGGAGACACUCAGCCCUGCCACAGCAUGAAGCCUCAUCAUGAGCUUUUCUGUCCGUUUCACCAACACUGACAGACAAAAGGACACGUUUUUUUUUCCUCCUCCUUUUCUUCUUCUCUUCAAUUGUUUUUUUUUUUUUCACGCCAAAAUAUCUUCAAAAAAUGGGGUUAUAAAAAGGUGAUGUGCUUGUGGACAAAGAGGGAAGAUGAGUCCGUUAGGUAGAACAGAUCCUCACAGCCGCUCUCUGUAAAGACCGUGGGAUCGGACGCCUAUAGGUGGAUCAGUAGAGUGGGUACAGAGCCGAGGCGGGCAGCGGGCUCCUGAGGAGCGAGGAGGAGAGAGAAUGGCUAACCAGAGCUUUGCCAUCGACGGCCCGGGCAGUUUGCUGGCUGUGCUGGCUUCGCAGAGUGGACUGGCAAGAGGGAGCAGCGGCGGCGGCAGCAGCAGCAGCGGCGGCAGCAGCAGUGACGGCGGCAGCAACAGUGGGGGCGUCUCUGCCACAAAUAUGUCCGCCUACUUUAAGCUGGUCUUUUUGGGAUUGAUCAUCUGUGUCAGCCUGGUCGGAAACCUCCUGGUCUCCCUGCUGGUCCUCCGAGACCGGACUCUCCACAAGGCCCCCUAUUUCUUUCUCCUGGAUUUGUGCCUGGCUGAUGCGGUUCGUUCGGCCGCCUGCUUUCCCUUCGUGCUGGUGUCCGUCCACAACAGCUCGGCCUGGACUUACAGCGCCUUGAGCUGUAAAGUCGUGGCCUUCAUGGCCGUGCUGUUUUGCUUUCACGCUGCCUUCAUGCUGUUCUGCGUGGCCGUCACGCGCUACCUUGCCAUCGCCCAUCACCGAUUCUACGCCAAACGUAUGACCAUCUGGACCUGUGCCGCCAUCAUCUGCAUGGUGUGGACACUCGCCGUCGCCAUGGCCUUCCCGCCCGUUUUUGACGUGGGGACGUACAAGUUCAUCCGUGAUGAAGAUCAGUGUAUUUUUGAGCACCGUUACCUGAAGACCAACGACACGCUGGGCUUCAUGCUCAUGCUAGCCGUGGUGGUCCUGGCCACCCACGGGUUCUAUGCCAAGCUGCUGCUGUUUGAGUACAGGCAUCGCAAGAUGAAACCCGUCCAGCUAGUACCAGCCAUCAGCCAGAACUGGACCUUUCACGGUCCUGGCGCCACAGGUCAGGCUGCAGCUAACUGGAUUGCAGGGUUUGGUCGCGGUCCAAUGCCUCCCACUCUGUUGGGUAUCAGACAAAACUUACACAAUCAACACCGGCGGCUGCUUGGGAUGGAAGAGGUGAGGUCAGAGCGGAGGCUGGGCAGGAUGUUCUACACCAUCACGCUGCUCUUCCUGGUCCUGUGGGCCCCCUACAUCGUGGCCUGCUUCUGGAGGGUGUUCGUCAAGUCCUGCACCAUUCCUCACAGGUACCUGUCCGUCACAGUGUGGAUGAGUUUUGCCCAGGCCGGGGUCAACCCCAUUUUCUGUCUCCUGCUCAACGAGGACCUGAGGAAAGUGCUGAGAGCCCACCUGCCCACCUACUGGAGGACUAAACAACACUUACCCCAGGACGAGGCCUACUGCAUCAUGUGAUACAAAGUCAGCCUAACCAAGUGAAUGUUUCAGGUUUUUAAGGGAACGCGAUGUAAUGCACCUUGGCCGAAGCGUCGGUGUCUGUUUUGUUGUUUUGCACAACAAGAUUGAAAAUGUUUGUCAACAAAUGCAGACACGGAGCUGCUCCAUGAAGAAUGUUGGGAAACGAAAAAACACGUUUCUCCUGUAAAGGUUCCAAACGGGGGCCGGCGGCGCCCCCCCACCCCCGGGAGGAGAGGGGGGGUGACUCUUUCACGGUUCGUUUUUUUUCUGACGAUGUACUGUACGAUAAAUCGCUGGGAGAGAUCCCAACAAUCACUGCUCCAACUAAGUGUGACAGAUGCCAUUUUAAAUUGAUGUUGCCUUAUUUCACAGGGAUCCGCCCCUGAGUUUUCAACUGACAAAUAGUGUCCGUGUCACAGGAGGCGCGAGGCAGACUCACAGGUUUACAUUCUUUGAAAAAUGUGCAGCGGACUGUGAAAGUGAAGGGUCGAUCAGAACGUUACAGACUCUGAAACACGACGGGCGUCUGCGUCGGAUCACGCAACUCACGGACAUCUUUUUGGUCAAAUCCACCGAGACUGCGCUCCACAGACUGGACCCCAAUGACCCCGUGACCCCUGGACACACGUCAAAAAGCUGGUGUGAACUUUAAAGCCCCAAACAUGCUUGAUUUUUUUUUUUUUUUUUUUGGAACUUAAUUUAAGGGUGUGCUGGGUUUCUUUGUAUCAUAAAAAAAAAACAAUUGCCUGUUUUCCUUUACUUUGUAAACGAUACAUGUUAAGCAGAUGACACUAUUUUGAAAUAUGACUUGAUUUGAUAUUGUAUAGACUGUACAGGAAUGUAUAUUCCUGCCUGUGUGUUUUUAUAUAGCAUUUGUUUGUGUGUGUGUGAGUGAGUGUGAGUGUGUGUGUGUGUGCGUGGGUGAGAAAGAAGAGGAAAAAGGAUGAAAAAGGUGAAGAAGAAGAAAAAGAGAUGAACAAUGAUGACAAAAUAGAGUCCAGUAUAACGGAGAAUAAUAUAAAAACAGUCGCCAUGUUGGGACGUUAAAAAAAAAAAAUUACAAAUUAUAGACAUGGAAAUUCUUUCUUGUGAUGAAUUUUAUCAGGGAUGCACGAUAUUGUUUUUUUCAGCUAAUACAACAAUUAUAUGAAUUUAUUAUUUGUAGUUAUAUUUCAU